AUGGACAACAUCGAGUGGAAGUUUAUUCCUCCUCGUUCCCCACAUUUUGGUGGACUAUGGGAAGCAGCAGUCAAGAGCGCAAAGCACAAUCUGUAUCGCUCUGUUGGUCGCUCUAUUCUCAACUACGAUGAGCUUCGCACGCUGGUUUGCCAAAUAGCGGCAAUAAUUAAUAGUCGUCCAUUGCUAUCCAUUUCAAAGAGUCCUGACGAUUUGGAUGUGCUGACUCCCGCUCAUCUAUUGUUUGGUGGUCCUCCAACCGUGAUUCUGGAGCCCGACCUAACUAUGCUGGACUACAAUCGGUUGGAUGGUUGGCAGCGUGUCACUCAGUUGCAGCAGGUCUUCUGGAAUAGAUGGCGGAGGAGUAUCUGA